GGUGUACGACGGUUGUACGCAUGCGCACAUGCAGCAGUGUGUGAUGUGAAAAGAGAGGUAAACAUUUAGCGUGUUAAAACGAAACAAAAAUGGAUCCACAGAAAGAUGCGCAACCGCCCAAACAGCAGCCUAUGAUCUACAUAUGUGGAGAAUGUCACACUGAAAAUGAAAUUAAGGCCCGUGAUCCCAUCCGAUGCAGAGAGUGCGGUUACAGGAUCAUGUACAAGAAGAGAACAAAGAGAUUGGUUGUCUUUGAUGCCCGAUGAAGACGAGGAGAGCAGCCGUUUUGAUAAUUGUUUUCGUUGUGUACUAUUUUUGUGGUGUAUGACCAUGUAAAUAAAUCGAUUGACAACUCCAUAUGUUCUGACCUUCAGGUCUGACUACAGAUUCCUGAAUUAUGGUUGAAGCUCAACAUUUUCAUUGCGACACAAGUAGUGCUGUUGUUAUUUCACCUAAGAGUAACAGAUGAAAGGUUUUGGUUUAUUAAAAAACAAGAUUUUCACUA